GGAACCACUUGACCAGGGACCAAUUUGACCAGGAACCACUUGACCAGGAACCACUUUGAUCAUGGACUUCUUUGACCAGGGACCGACAUCCCAGUCACCUCGGCACUAUAAGAAUGUUUCACAAGACCAGUUGCUCUAGUUGCUGUGUGGUUUUGACACAAUGGUGUAGUAAAGUUGAGGCCGUGGACUAUAGUUUCAUUCUUGUGGACCACUGGUGGUUCGUGAACCACAGGUUGGAAACCACUGAUCUAUAUCACCGGGUCACCUUAUUCCUGGGUGUGGUUGUACCAAUAUUUGUUCCAUGCGGAUGAAAGAUCGAGGUCAUCUUUGCACACCGGUUUCCAGAAACAGGGGCAAACCGAAAUCCCUUCCCACGGAGGCUUAACGAGGGAGCAGACUGUGUUCAGGCGCCAAGUAUUUGGAUCGCAACGAGCAUUGCGAAAAGCUCCCUCGUUUGCAAUUCAAAGGACGUUGCUCUCGUAACUUUGAUGAAAUAACUAAUUAGCCUUGAUGAAUCGUACUAAUCCCUAUUUAAAGAGAAUUGCAACCGCACAGAAGGCAAGGGCUACACGUUUGCCACUCCUGGUUCCCGUCUCUUGUCGACCGACUUGCUAUAAACGUGGGACGGGUUGAGCUGAGGCUGAACCUCUGAAGUUUCCCGGGACGAGAGGAGAUAUCUCCGUCGCCGCAGAGCCGAAGGAAUGCUGUUGGCUUCGCUUCUAUGGACGCUGGUGUCAUAUUUGAGCGUUUUCGUCCUGGUCUUCCUAUUUGUACGGGGAGUGUGUUACGAUAUCGCAAGGACUCACAUCCCCCAAGGAGUCCCACAAUCCAGAAUCAUGCGGUUUACUAAUUUUGUCACACGAGCUUUAAUGUUGCUGGGAGUGAUACUCGAGAAGCUUGGCAUUUGCCAUCGAUACAAGAUCUGGAGGGUUAUAAUAAACGGGAUACCGCUGAAGAAGAGCUCAAAGCUGACCAUCAAGGAUUUAUUCUUCGACGAGAUCCCCGUGCGGGUCUAUUGGCCCAAAACGUCAUCCGCUGGGAACAGAAGAGGAGUGGUUUUAAUUCAUGGAGGAGUCGGCUUGUUUGGAAGCAUUCAAGCAUAUGAAAGGGUCAGCCGCUACAUUGCCCGGAAAAGCGAUUCUGUGGUUGUGUCUGUUGAGUUUUGUUUGGCUCCAGAGCAUCUGUUCCCAGCCCCGGUUCUAGAUUGCUGCACUGCCACGACACACUUUUUGAAAAACGCAACAAAAUACGGAGUGGAUCCAAAUCGCAUCGUUGUUUGUGGGGACAGUAGUGGCGGAACAUUCGCCGCAGCCGUUAGCCAACAUUUGGCAACAAAGAAGGAUCUCCCGAAGCUCCGAGCUCAGAUCCUACUCUACCCGUUCCUCCAGGUAAUGGAUUUCAAUUUGCCUUCGUAUCAGCAAAACCAUUCGGUGCCCCCGCUGUUUAAGAAACGCGCCAUCAAACUCGGCAUCACCUACCUGACUGGGAAGCAUUUGAAUGUGGAUGGCUGUAUGAGGAACGCCCAUGUGCCCCCCGAUAUGUGGGUGAAAUAUAGACAAUGGAUAAACCCAGACUACAUUCCAGACGAAUUUAAGGCCCGGGGUUAUGUGCCGAUGGAGCCAGAUCCAUUCAAUCAAGAAGUUUAUGAACAGUUCAAGGAAGCCGGCAAUAUUAUGUUUGCUCCACUCGUAGCCGAAGACGACAUGAUCCGCCAACUCCCCGAGACUUUCUUAGUAACCUGCGAGUACGACGUUCUCCGUGACGAUGGCCUGUUGUACAAGAAGCGCCUCGAAGACAACGGCGUGCCGGUGACGUGGCAUCACAUUAAGGAUGGCUUCCACGGAAUCAUGUUUUUCAUCGACUACGGCCCUUUGGAAACUCCGAGUGCGCGAAGCGGCUUCAAACGUUUAAUACAUUUCUUAGAAGGUUUAUGAAUAAUGAAUGAUGAUGAUGAUGGUGAUUGAAACUGUUAUUUUUUCUCCACAAGGAGACUCAAGUGGAGUACAUUAAAAACAUUUCAAUACAAUUCAAAAUCUACAAACAGAAUAAAGUAUCGUAUUAAAAAACCAGUUAGAAAUCCAUACAAAACCAUACCCAACACCACGGAAAUAAAAACCUUCUUCGUGUCUGGA